UAUCACUCACAUGGAGCAGGAAUAAAUGCCAAGUCUGGAAUGACAAUUGAUGGUAGUAGUCUUGAUCCUGUGACUGGUAACUUUACAAGACCAAGGUGGUAUACGGUUGGAAGUAAGGAGUCGAUUCAGUUGGCAAUGCUGGCACUGGCACUCAAUGGUGUGACGUCAGAGGGCUACGACCCACUCGACUACUUCCAUUAUCCAAUCGACUUGACACCCGAGGAGAGGACAUACAUCAACACUGGCGAUAGUAGAUUGGACAAUGUGUUGGGCACACUAUAUCGCAAGAUCGCCACAUUGGAGAAGUUCAACAAGGAGCUGCCAGGCUACGGUGGAUACAUUCCAUGGAUUGGUGUGGUUGACUCUGGACUGCGCCAGGAGGUCAAGGCCGACGCUUCUGUGCCCUCGUUGGACGAGGGCCAGAUGGCCUGGGGCCUGUAUGCGGUGGCUCACGUCCUGGGCAAGAAGCAGUACAAGGAUCACACUCAAUUGGGACUCCGCUAUCGCAAGUACUUUGAUCUUAUGGCCGACAACGCGUUCACCAUCUUCUUCAACAGGACGAAGAACUACUUUGCCAUGUCGGCCUUUGUCGGCCAGAAUGACAAGCCCGUAGCCGAGAACCACUAUCGCUCGGAUAGCGAUUACCCGUCGGUCGGCCCAUGGGACGGCGAGUGCAUGGGCAUCUUUGGUGACCUGUUCGCCAAGUUUGAGACGCCGGAGCAACGCGAAAAGGCCUGGACCCUGCGCAUUGAUUCAAAGGACUGGACCAUCCCGCCCGGCACCAUCACAGUGCAGAAGGGAUGGACCUACUCGGCACACGAGGCCUGGAAGUACUUCCAGCUGCCGUACCACGACGUUCCAAUCCAGCGACGUCUUCUGGCCAACUGCGAGAAGGCACGCACCUGGUACUCACACAUCAACAAGAUGCCCGGCUUUGGCAGCGCAGCGUACAAUACGUCCGAGAACUAUGUUACGAGCGUGGGCAUACCCCCGCUCGCAACGGGACCCGUCCAGUACACCGACUUCUACACACCGUACGGAGGCUUCCCCGUGCUGAUGGCCAAUCACACGGUCGGUCUGGUGUGGUACAACAACAUGUUGAAGGGACCCGCCAUGCAGGGCCCGUACGGCUCGACCGAGUCGGCGCUGAAUGACGGCACGGCCGUGUGUUCCAAGACAUCAUGGGAUACCAAGGCAUCUAUUGUGGCCAUCCUUGGAGGAACGGGUCACAUUGUCAAGGAGGCCUUGAUCCUCGAUUGCAAGUGGCAAGCGUUCUACGAUCGUAUCCAGACCACCUAUUCCAAGGCAUUCCCAGUCUUGCUUGGGGAGGACAUACCCUACGCUUUGCCAAACUAUACUCCUGCUGCAAACUCGGCCAGACCAGACUAUACCCUCUGC